AUGUAAAAACUUAGUAAUGAGUAUAAUCCAAAUGAAUUUGUAAUAGAGGCUUAGAGUUCAAAAGCACCAAGUUCUUAGGAAUUUGAAUUUGAAACACAAUCUUUCACUAGCAAAGAAGAUCUUAUAAAUAAUUAGAACUUUAAACCAUUUUUAUAGGAAAGAGAUUCAACUGGAAAAUUAGUUGGAAAAGAUAAGAAGUUACAUUUUCUUAAAGGUUAACAAAUAGUAUUAUACACAUCAGGGUCAAAAAGACUCUAAGUAAAAUAAAAUAAAAUUUAUUGUUAUUAGUUUUCAACAACAUCAAUUUUAGGUCUCAAUUCUAGAGCUGUAACAGCAGAUGAUAGGAGAAUGGCAAAGCGAGAACCAUUAAAGAAUUUCAAAUUAAACUUGUAAGCAGAUUAAGGCUUUAUCAAAUAAUUUCGAGAAAUCACAAAACACAUUAAACCAUCAUCCUAAAUGAAUAGUGGAUUUUUAGGACCUCAUAGAGAUUAUUAUUAUAAAACAGUAUUUAGAAAAUUCAAUUAAACAAGACAAAAACUCCAGGCCCUGGCGUAUAUUAAUCUCUUUAUAUUACAGCUACAAAUCCAAUUGAAUUUCCAAAGAGUCCACAAAUAAGUAAGCCUGCAUAGCCAGUUUGUAGUAAGGACUUUUAUGAUUUUAAUAUGGUUCAGAAGAAUAUCUCUGGACCUUCAUUUGUAAAAACUUAAAGCAGAGAUAGUGCAUAUUAAAGAGGAAUUUUCGCAUAAAUUGAGAUAGAAAAAAGAUAAACUUUGAAAUAAAAACCAGAAGAAUAUGAUGAAUAAAGGAUUGAUAGAGAAAUAGAUUAUUUACUACAGCAAUAAUAAAAAUAUGGAAAAUUAUGUAAAAAAUAUGAGAAUAUCAUUAGCAUAACCUAAUUUAGCUUGGCCAGUUCCAUUAUAAAAAAUAGAAUUGCCCGAGAAAGUACAUGGAUAAUGGACUAAAAUGCUGUAUUAAUGAAUAUAUAUAUAUCAAACUAGAGAACGCUAUGGAUUUAAGAAGUAAACAGGUGGAAGAUUAAUAAAGAAUACAAGUGCUUUAUGAUUAUAUUAUGUCGAAACAGUAUUUAUUAAUAUUUAUAUAUGACUGAUAGAAAAGCUUGGAAUUAAAAAGUAUUAUGAUUAUCAAUAAAUAAAUGAAUAGGAAGAUCUAGCAAUUCUUCAUUUAGUUAAGUAAUAUGGGAUAAAGAAAUGGACAACUGUGGCUGAAAAAAUGAAAGAAAUAUAUGGGUUAUUUGGUCGAUCUGGUAAAUAAUGUAGAGAGAGAUAUCAUAAUCAUUUGGAUCCAACAAUAAAUAAAGAUCCUUGGAGUGAAAAUGAAGAGAAGAUAAUAUUUUUGGCACAUAGAGAACAUGGAAAUAAAUGGGUAAUAAUUGUAGAUUUAAAGAUUUUAAGGCAGAGAUUGCAAAAUUACUUCCAGGUCGAACAGAUAAUGCAAUAAAAAAUCAUUUUUAUUCAACUUUAAGAAGAAGUUUAAGACGCAUAAAUAAAAUGAUUGGUGAUAAAAACAGUAAUCUGUGUAAAUAAAUAUUUAGCAAAGAAAAGUGUACCCAAUAGAUCAAGGACAUAAAGCCAGGUGUUUUGUCCAAGAUCUUCAUACUAGCUGAAAAAAAUCCAUCUGAACUUAAAGAUGAUCAUAUGAAAAAAUUAUGUUAAGCUUGUAAAGGAUUAUAAGAUUCAAUACUUGAAUUUGCAUAAUCUAAACAAAAAUCAUUAAUAAUCUAAUUUAAUGAGGAAAAAUUCAAAUAAUUGAUAGAGAAAAUUAUGGACUUUAAGUAUUACUCUAAAACACUAUAAUAAGCGGACUUUAUACUAGAUAAAGGGAAAAUAAAUUAAAAUCAAGAAAAUUAAAUUUAAAGAAAAGAAAAAAUAUUAUAGAAGAUGAUGAUGAAGAGGAUGAUUUAUAUUCUAGUUUUUAUAAAAUUGAUGAUAAUAGUAUUUAAAUUCCAAUAAAGAGAUCAAUUAGAUAAAGUUCAAGGAAAAAAAUUGUAAUAAUUUCUUAUAUAAUGAAUAAUAGAAAUUCAAUGAUGAAGAUGAUCUUGAUAUUAUUAUAAGGACUAAAUAAGGUCCAGUCUUUAAAAUAAUUUAUGAUAGAUUUUAAUUUUAAACAGAUGAAAAUGUAUUUAUUGUAUUUAUAAAAAGGAAUCUUCUUAAAAUUAUUAUUAAGAAUCUUUAAAUUCAAAUUAGAGUGAAUAGAAAUAAAUUUCAUAUUAAAUAAAUCCAUCAAAGUAAAUUUCUUAAAAAUCAAUUUCAAAAGAUAAUUAAAAUGAAAUAAAUCUUAAAAAUAAUAUAAAUAAUAAUUCUAAUUUCAAACCUAUCAUUUUGAUAAAACCUGUAAUUAAUAAUUAAGAAUUUGAUUAAUAUUUAGAAAAACUAAAAUAAGGAAUAAGUAUAAAUUAUUUAUUAUAAUUAGAUGCAAAUUCUUAAAAAUAUCUUUAAGGAGAAGAUCUUAAUUUAGAUAUUAAUAUUGAUUUUGCAGAUGCAUCUAAAGAUUUUACUAAAUCUUUAAGCUCUAAAUUUGAGUACACUUAAAAUGCAUUUAAAAAAUACAAGAAAGAUUCAGAUUUAGAUAAUUUCUUAGUAACACCUAAUAAUAAUAAAUGA